UGAUUAAAUACCUUAGACCCCGGCCCCUCACACUUGUUAUAUACAUGUUUUGUGUGGAGUGGUUUUAUAAUGGGGGUAUGCUGUUUGGUAUGCUAACCGGUUGUCCACCAUUAAACCUGCAUUACACCACACGCACCUUUGAUAAUCAGUACACAUUGACUGACAAUUGCAACAGGGGUUGUGAAUGCACUACCAGUGUGUUUACACCUAUUUGUUCGAUGGUAGACAAGUCCACCACAUAUUUCUCCCCGUGUUUUGGCGGCUGUCAUAGAUUAGACAGAAUUACCGGGACAGUAUCCGGGUGUUCAUGUAUCCAUGGUGGACAGGCAAAAACCGGCUAUUGCCAGAGCGAUAUAGACAAUUGUAAUAAGCUGACCCAGUAUCUACUUGUAAUGACAAUGGCCGGCAUUAUAUCUUCAACAGCCAGGACUGGUAACACGUUAAUAACACUCAGGGCUAUUGAUCCUAAAGACAAGAGUUUUGCGAUGGGAGUGAUCGGCACAUUCCUGGCCCUAUUUUCGUUCAUUCCGUAUCCGUUGAUAUUCGGAGCGGUAGUCGACUCGACGUGUUUGGUAUGGGAGGAGAAGUGUGGAAAGACAGGAAAGCCUAUUACGAAAUAUGCCGUAAUUCCCAGUCCCCUAACAAAACUGCAGAUCCAUAGGAGCACUACAGCCGCCCAUACAGUCGAGUGCUUUCCAGUGCCGCAGUCGAUAAGUCACACUAACCGGCGUGUAUUGAGUAUUGCCCAACAUAACGCUGAGUUAACCCUGUCAUUCAAUAGCAGCAUCUCAUCCACACACGGGCCUGGUAUAUACUUCAUACCGUCACGCAAGUAUUUCGAUGCCAGGGAUAGUUCCCGACAUACUCUGGAUUAUACCUAUCAGUCCGAAGUUUAUGGCGAAAAACAAGGGACUGGCGAAUACUUGCAGCCAUUUAGGCCUCCACGAGCCCACACCACACGAAUACCGGUGCUCAUCAUCAUCGGCAUAAUCAGACUGUUACCUGUCUUUCCACACUUCUCCUCCCAUACCAAACACGUCGAGUCGACUACCGCUCCGAAUAUCAACGGAUACGGAAUG